CCUUCUUUUAACAAUUUUGCAAACAUAAACGAUCGACAUGGCUAGCAACGAGCUACAACUUCUCGAGAACGUUGAGCUCAAAAUAGCAAUGUGCAACACAGAUGCACAGCUGGAGCGAUGCAUCAACCUGUUUCUUGCUCCUGUCCUGUUGAAACUAGCCAGUCCUCAUGAAAAAGUGCGACGCAAAGUGAUGGAAUUACUGUCGCAUAUCAACAGACGGGCAAAGCUGAACAAAUCCAUCAAGCUACCAUUCGACGCGCUAUUACAACAAUUCAUGAAUGAUGAGCUGUCAGCUAUGGUCAAGAACUUUACCAUUAUCUAUCUAGAAAUGUGCGUCGACAGAAUGGAUAUCGACGAGACAGCAAAGCAUAUCCCAAGUUUACUGAAAGGCAUUUCUCGGCGACCAGAACCUCAGCGGGUCACCAUUUUUCACAUGAUAUUACCGGCCCUUCAAAAAUGGGACAUGACGGUUGAGGGACAAAAGAAGGCGCGUGAAGAUGUCUUUGGAUUUGAUAGCCAUCCGGAAGAUCCGACGAUGAUACUCCGAUUCUUUUUGGAUUUAAUGCUAUAUCAACCGUCGUCAGCCAAUAGCAACAACGCAGCAGCAUCAUCAUCAUCAUCAUCGAACGAACUAUCAUCGCAGCCGCCUACAGCAGUCUAUGCUGGAUUAAGUCCAAACGCUGUUAAUGUCAUUACUAAUAAGGGCAAAACCAGCUGGUCUCACCAACGUCUUUCCAACGCUAAACUUGGUGUAUUGAAGUUCGUAUUGUCCCACGUGUUUACGGACGACGAACGAUUAAGUAUUCUCAUCGCUGGUGCAUGUGAUGCAAACCAUGAAGUCGUCAGCACGAGUGAGGAUGGGUUACGACGAUGGACGGGCAGUGUGGAUUUGGAAAAGGUUCAGGUGAUAAAGUCACUGUACAACUUGUAUUUGGGAACAAAGCCGACAAACACUGAUGACCGAAGAGCAGCAGCGAGCACGCCUGUCAAAGUACGAAUAUUGAACUAUUUGUCUAAAUCAAUCGCCGCAACGAACAUGGCUGCACUUAUGGUACAAGUCGUAUUUGAUGGCAUAUAUGGACCACUAUCCAAUUUGAAGCUACGUCGAUCCACUAUGUCAUUUCUACAAUGGGUCGCCAGAAUGGCGGACGCAAAAAGUAUUGCACCUAUUGCACCAAUUAUGAUCUCCGGGUUGCUGAAGUAUAUUGAUCAAACGGGACAUGUGUCAGGCCAUGAUGCUGAAAGCAUCAAAGGUUAUGCUUACAUUGGUGUUGGACUGAUAUGCCGAAAAGUCCCUGCUGCUGCUUUGAAGAAUGUUACUAUCCUGCGCCAAUUUUUUGAAAGCCUCGAAACCGAGCAACCUGCCGUUCGCACUUAUGUACAAGAUGCACUUUCAUCCAUAAUUGAUGUAUAUACCAAGCUUCCUGAAGACUCAGUUGUCUAUAAGGACGUACAAGAUAUUAUCCUUGAUAGUGUUCAAAAGACGAAUUCUUAUUCACGCUACAUGGCGCUUAAGUACGCCAAUGCUGUCUAUCCAUUUUCAUCCGUGUUUGCUCGCUAUGUAUGUCUGCUAGGCACCUCUGCCGGUGUUACCAAACUUGAAGUCAAGGAAGAAUCCAUGCGCGGCCUACAUCCAUUUACUCAAAGCGAGUCCGGUGUCCUCUCCAGUGCCAACGCAAUCGUCCCUCCUUCAGCCCUUCCUAAAUUCCAUGAUUUAAUAGUCUAUUUGACAGAAAAUCGACCUAACGAUCAAUAUGUCUACGAUUCAAAAUCGCCCGUCAUCCAAGGCUAUCCACUUGAAGUUUACUCUGAAAUAUUACGAUUUGCGCGUGUGAUUUUGGUUUUGGAAGCCAAUCCAGAAACGAUCUUGAUCGACGAGUAUGCCGAAUCCAAGGUGGACAAUGGAAUGUCUGAUGACCCGGUGGUGAUGGACAAUUUCAAAAAGUAUUUGGUUGACAGCUGGCUGGGCGGUGACCUUGAAAAGCGUAGAGCUGUUGAACUAUGGAUGAAGUUCAUCGAAAGCUCCUUAGAUCAAAAUCUUAAAGAUCCAGUGCUGCUUUCAACGGGUGCCAAAUGUCUUUUGGAGGUAGUGUCGCUGGGCCCACCAGCGAUUGCAGGCGCGUUUCAAGGAAGGCUAGACUUUUUCAAGGCUUUAAUCUUCUCCAAGAAGCAAGACGCGCGUGAUACAAUGUCUCGGAUUUACGGCAUUAUCGCUACGGAUCCAUCCGUUACACAAGACGCCAUCCAAGAGCUGCUUUCAGAGCUCGUAGGCAUAGCGGACAAGAACGCCGCCACAAACAAGAAUGGCAUGGGAAUUGAAAAGGUCCACGGCGCGUUGUUGACCAUUGGCUAUCUGAUCAGUCGAUGCAAUUACAGAGCACGGCCGCUUAGCACUGAUGUCGUCCGCCAAUGUGUCCAUUGUCUAGCGUCUUACUUGGAAGGUGCCCCUGGUGCAGUGUUUAAUAUGUUGGCUGCGGCCGCCUGCCUUGGCCUUGGAGAAAUUGGUCGAACGCAGCUUUUGGGAUUCUUGACUGUAAAACGAAAGCGUGAUAGCGAUGACGACGACAAUGACGAUAAAGAUAAGAAGGCAAAAAUGGACGUCGACAGCACCGGCAAUGCGAACAACGAUCCAUUAUCUUCACAGGACUUGGCGGAAAAACUGGCUCGUUUAAUCAAGACAUGCAAGGAACCCAAAGUACAAGAACAAGCUAUCUUGACGCUCGGCCAGUUAUCGAUUCCGUUGCCAAGCGAAAGCACCGUUACAAGUUUAGUCAUUGAUACACUAUUCGCUUCGGCUGAUACAAAACAAGUCGAGCUCUUCUUUGCUGGUGGCGAAGCUUUGUCUGUGGUUGCAUUCGGCUGGGAUUCCCAAGCAAUGCAAAAGCACAAAGAUAUCGACGAUAUGGCGUUACUUCAAAACUUGGAUCGUUCCGAUUAUCAAAAACGGACUGAGUUAUUCCAAACCGUCAUUGAAAAGAUUGCACGGGUUUACGUUGUAAGCGACCGCGCAUGGUAUAGAAAGGCGUCGUGUAUAUGGUUUUUGUCUAUCUUGAAGUUUGGCAAGGAUCAACCUCUUAUUCAGAACAAUUUGGGUGUGCUACAUGCUGCAUUCUCAAGACUUAUUGCUGAUAGAGAUGACUUUACGCAAGAAGUUGCCUCCAAAGGUUUGGGAUUGGUGUACGAAUACGGCGAUGCCAAGAUCAAAGAAGAUAUGUUGUACUCGCUUGUUGGCACGUUCACGGAAGGACGAAGUAUCCAAGCACAGUCUGUCACCGACAACACUGUUUUGUUUGAAGAGGGCGCUCUGGGUACUACCCCUGACGGCAACUCCAUCACCACCUAUAAAGAAUUAUGCUCGUUGGCCUCUGAACUAAACCAGCCGGAUCUCAUCUACAAGUUUAUGAGCCUUGCUAACCACAAUGCCAUGUGGACGUCACGACGUGGUGCAGCAUUCGGAUUUCAAAACCUCAUGAGCCUGGCUGAAAAGGAACUGGAGCCAUAUUUACCUCGCUUGGUACCAAAACUUUACCGCUAUCAAUUCGAUCCGAACGGUCAAGUAAACCAGACAAUGAAAACCAUCUGGCGAUCAUUGGUGAAAGACAACCAGAAGGCGGUUGACAAGUACUUCGACGUAAUCAUGGAAGACAUUUUGUCUGGACUUGGUAGCCAUCAGUGGCGUGUACGUGAGGCUUCUUGUGCAGCAGUGACCGAUCUAGUUCAAGGUCGACAGCUUGCGCAAAUCGAACCCUAUCUUGAACGACUGUGGAAAAUGUCUUUCCGCGCGUUGGACGAUAUUAAAGAAUCUGUUCGACGAGCAGCAACACAGACAUGCAAGCAGUUGACUAAGUUGACGGUGCAUUACUGUGAUCCUACAGUUGUAUCCACUAGUGACGGUGUCAAGGUUAUGAGCAUUGUCAUGCCGUUCUUGUUGGAGAAAGGCAUUGUUUCUGAUGCAGAGGACGUGCGCAAAUUCAGCUUGGACGCUCUGUUACGUAUUUGCAAGACUGGCGCAUCCUUAUUGAAAACCUUUGUCCCUGAAAUUAUCGACACUUUGCUGCAGUCUUUGUCUUCAAUGGAGCCUCAAGCGAUGAACUAUCUUACUUUCCAUGCAGAUAAAUAUAAUAUCACUCAAGAACAGCUCGAUAGUGCUCGACUUAGUGGUGCUAAAAACUCACCUAUGAUGGAAGGAAUCGAGCACUGCGUUAAUCAGAUCGACGACGAUGUUAUGAAGGAGCUUUCACCUCGUAUAAUUAGCAUUGUCAAAAAAGGAACUGGUCUUCCCACAAAGGCGGGCUGUGCACGGUUCAUCGUGACGUUGGUGAUGAACCGUCGAGGAGCGUUUAAGCCUUACGCAGACACAUUCCUGAAGACACUUAGUGGAGCUAUCCGAUCAAAGAAUCCUGUUAUUCGUAAAGCAUUUGCCACGGCCUCGGGCUAUGUAUGUCAGCUGGCCACAUUCGACAAGAUAUGCUCCUUCGUUCGGCACUUGAAGAAACUGUAUAUUGAGGACACAGAUGAAGAUGCACAUUCAGCCAGUGCGCUCACAGCGGCAGAUAUGACUCGAUUUGCCACAGACCGUAUGAAUGCUGUUGCUUCGGAAAUUGUUCCACUGAUCUAUCUUGGUGAACACGACCCAGAUGAAGGUAUUAAAAAAAUUUGGGCUGCUGCUUGGGAGAACCUGACAUCCGGCACACGCAGCUUGGUCACGAUCCAUGCCGAUGAAAUUAUCGAUUUUGCCCAGCCUCUGUUAUCAUCCCCUUCCUGGGCAACGAAGCAGACAGCUGCCUUGGCAAUUGCCGACAUGUGCAAAAUAGGAGGCAAAGCAAUUGCUCAGCGUGCAGAUAAGCUUAUGCCGGUCAUGGUGUCAACGCUUGCAACACGAUCAUGGACUGGCAAGGAGCACGUUUUGGAAGCCUUUGUGCAACUGUGCGUUUCGGCGCAAAGCUAUUUUGAGGAACAGGGCAAGGAGCCCACACUCGAUGAAGCUGUCAAGAUUAUGGUCCGUGAAUGCAAACGUAAAAACAGACUAUAUCAACGGCACGCUUUGGCGUCCUUCAAAGUGUUUGCCGACACCUUCUCUGGUCGCGUCGAUAUUCUAAAACAAGCGCAAACAUUUCUUACGGAGCUUUGUGAAAUUGACGAAGACGAAGCAGCAGAAGACGACGAAAACGACAAUGCAAAGCCUCUUCUUUUGAUGAUCAAGGCAAAUGCAUUCAGAACCUUGGUAGCUGCGUACAAACCAAAAACGUUCAUUGAUCAUGCGGAGGACCAACAAACAGAAAAGAUCUGCCAGACAUUGAUUGGCAAUUUGGAGGGCAAUGUAUGGAACGUCCAAUUGUCCAUUUUGGAGAGUUUAAAGCUGUUUUUCGAGCGUGUCGACUCUCAACAUGUGAACGACAGUUUGCUAAACCGUGUUCUUGACACCUGUAACGCUCGCCUGAACGAUCUCAAGUAUUCUGCGAUUCGAACAGCAACAGUGGACGUACUAGAUGCACUUGUUUCGUCGUGUAAAUUAUCUUCUGAGCAAAAGUCCAAAUUACAAAGCAUGGCUGCCUCUAGUCUACAAAAAGAGCCGUUAGCCGUCUUGAAAGAACGAUUAAGUAGUUUAAACAAAUCGGUCGAUAACAACUGAGCAAAUAUUCCCAAACUUCGAUAAUAAGCUUUUCCCAGCAAAGCCAUCGAUGUCUAAUGUUUUAGUGUAUGCAAUAAACACAUUCUGCUCCUGCCCGUGGCAGUUCAUUUGUCUUGUACAUGGUUCUGGUUUAACUACGCAUGUGAAACAAGAACGUGGAAGC